AUGCCUAUGAGUGUUUUGGCUCCGCCUGACGCGGACUACGUUUUCAACGCUCCGGAAGAAACGGGCGUUUCGUUCAAGGAAACGCUUCUCAAGCAUUUACCCUUGAAGAACGUGGAGUUUGCAAGGCCGCUUGCGGGAUCAGACGAGCAGGGCUACUCGCAGGUGUUCCGUAAUUCGGCCACCAAUGUCUUGAAAAAGAACCUCAUGCCGCAUUUGGAUACGUACUAUGCCUUGUGGAAGAACGCUGCGAAGGUGUUCCUGGACGAUCCUGCGUUGGCCGCGCGCCCAUAUGACUAUAAAACCGGUGUUUCGGAGCCUCGCUACGUUUCCGAGUCCUUUGCCGAGGUGGAGGCGAAGAAGACCGCGUUGGGUUCUGGUCUCCUCUAUGUUCUUCGAAACAACCGGUUCAAGGAUCCUGCUUGCGAGGUGCACCGCAAGAUCGACACCCAUGUAGAGGAUGCGAAGCUGCACGAUCAGAAUAAUCUCUCCUUCAUAUUGACUCUUUAUCUGGAAAAUCGUCCGGAGUGGGUGAUCGCCGACUUGGCGUGUGUCUCCUACUCGAUUACUAAUACCGUAUUGUAUGACACCCUCGGUCCCUCGGCCUCGGAGUACAUUUUGGCCUUGACAAAGUCUCCGGCCGUGGUGGCUUCGCACAAGAACGUGAAAACCCUCAUUGAUUUGAAGAAGAAGAGCGCGGGGAAGUUGGAUGCUCUUAUCUGUUUGAUCAGCAUGGAUCCCUUGGAUUGCCAUUCCAGUGAGGAAGCUGCAAAUAUGAGGGCCGAGGCUGAAGAAGCUCAAAUUGCCCUCUAUGACUUGAACCAGAUCUACAAGAUCGGAGGCCUCUUCCCUGUUCCAGAGAUCCCUCCUAAACCUGAAACCAUCUACACAAUCAGUUUCACCUCGGGCACAACUGGAAACUCACCCAAGGGUGUUGUUCUAAGCCACGAGAACGCAUCCCUGGGCGUCACAUUUGUCAUGUGCAUGGCUCCAGCGCUAGAGCACGAUCUGGAGUACGCGUUUUUGCCUCUCGCUCACAUCUUCCAGCGCCAGACCAUCGCCUUCAAUUUGUCAAAAGGAGGUAUGUCGGGAUUCCCGCAAAUGAAUGGAACUCCAUUGACUCUUUUCGAGGACUUGAAGAUUUUGAAGCCGAAACACAUGGCAAAUGUGCCUAGAGUCUACACCAAGUUAGAAGCAGCGCUUAAGAAUGCCACUCUCUAUUCUGACCUGACCAUCAAAAGGAGUCUCUUCACCAAAAUCAUCAACGAGAAGUUGAGGCUCCAGAGCAUUGCCGAUAACAAUCCAGGAAACCACUUCUUGUACGAUAAAUUGUUCUUGUCGAAAGUGAGACUGAUGACUGGUUUCGACAACAUGCACUUUUGUAUCACAGGCCUGGCCCCCAUUUCAACACUGACCCAGAAGUUCUUGCGUGCAGCUUUGAACGUGGGUUUCUGUCAAGGAUAUGGAUUGACCGAGCUGUUUGCCGGUAUGUGUUUUGGAAUUCCGUACGAGGCUAAUCCUGGAAGCUGCGGCGCUCCAGGUGUAUGUUCAGACAUCAGAGUUCGCGAGUUACCUGAGCUUGGGUACACUUUGGAUAAUCCUAAUGGUCCAAUGGGAGAAUUGGAACUCCGGGGCCACCAGAUUUUCCACUACUACUACAAGAACCAGGAAGAGACCGACAAAGCACUUCAUGACGGGUGGUUUUCUACCGGUGACGUUGCAAGAAUUGACCCCAAGACCGGCCGUCUCUACAUUAUUGAUCGUGUGAAGAACUUCUUCAAGCUAGCACAGGGAGAGUACGUGACACCAGAAAAGGUCGAGAAUGCAUAUCUUUCGGCAAACUCGAUCCUCACGCAGUGUUUCGUACAUGGAGAGUCGGUGCAGAACCAUCUCGUGGCGGUUGUAGGAGUUGACCCAGAGAAAAUCGUCCACUUUUUAACCAGCCAAUGCAAAGCCAAGCGCUCAGACUUGAAGCUGGAGGAGGCCAUCUUGAAGGUUGCCAACCAGAGAGAAAACCGCGCCAAACUCUUAAAGAAGCUCAAUGCCAACAUGAAGGGCCUCGCCGGGUUCGAAUUGGUGCAAAACCUCUACUUGGAGUUUGAGCCUUUGCGUCUUGACAGAGACGUCAUCACCCCCACCGUGAAGAUCCGGAGACCCAUUGCCGCCAAGUUCUUUGCCGAGCAAAUCAAGAACAUGUACGACGAGUCGAGAUUGUUGCCUUCAACCAAAUUAUAA